AUGGCGAUCUCUUCGCCCAUCUUCUGUGGAAGCCUCGGCAGAACUCGGCCGCUCUUCUUCAGGGAACACUCCUCCGCGUCCGGCUCGAUCCCUCCUCCGGUGAUUUCCAUCGGCGUGCGUCGCCUCCCAUUUUUCACCUACCUGCGGUCGGUUCCCCCAAUUUCGCCGUUAUUCAACCCUAGGCCAAGGAGAUCGAUUCCCGCCAUUGCCGCAGCCCCGGUGAGGUCCCUCUUCACGGGAAUAGUGGAGGAGGUUGGCAAGAUCGAGCAGCUCGGCCCCUCCGCCGACGGCGGAUUCGAGAUGACCAUCGCCGCCAGCACCGUCCUCGGCGGCGCCAGCCUCGGCGACAGCAUCUCUGUCAAUGGCACCUGCCUCACCGUGACUCGAUUCGACCACCAGGCCUCUAACUUCUCCGUCGGCCUGUCUCCCGAGACUCUCCGGAAGACCUCCCUCGGUGAGCUGGGGGUGAACUCCCCCGUCAAUCUGGAGCGCGCUCUCAGACCGGACUCCAGAAUGGGAGGCCACUUCGUCCAGGGGCACAUCGACGGGACGGGGGAGAUCGUGUCGUUCGAACCAGAGGGGGACUCGCUCUGGGUGAAGGUGCGGACGGCGUCAGAUCUGCUCCGGUACGUCGUGCCGAAGGGUUUCAUCGCCGUUGAUGGGACGAGCUUGACGGUGGUGAAGGUCUACGACGAGGAGAACUGCUUCGACUUCAUGCUGGUUGCCUACACGCAGCAGAAUGUUGUCAUCCCUCUCAAAAAGGUGGGCGACAAGGUGAAUCUGGAGGUGGACAUUCUCGGGAAGUACGUGGAGAGGAUACUGAAGGCCGGGUUUGGAUACGCUCCCGCUGGUGUCCAUUCUCCCCCCUGA